AUGGUUGUGAGUAAUAUCCUGAGGAAUGCCCAGGAGGACCUCUUCUCCUCUGGUAUGAAUGACCUGGAGACCACCAAUCCAGGCAUCGCUCUGACCGAAGAGAGGCUCUCCAGUAUCUUCUCAGAGCUGUUUAGGGACGCCUGUGAGAGUGCCCAGGAGGCCGCCAGACGGAUCCACCACACGAGGUCCGGAAGAGGCAACAAAAGCCGGAGUGGGAGUUGCUCUGGGUCAUCACAGGGAUCGAGCCGGUCCAACAUGCCAGAGCUGGUAGAGUGUGUGGAUGCUCAGCUAUCUCUGGAACAUCCAAAUGUGUCCUGCUCCAACAGAAGCUCUGGGUCCUCACAGGGAUCGAGACGGUUCGACCUCUGUCAUCAGGCAGUGGAGAUGGAGAGGGUUUAUCUCCAGAGAGACACACCCCACUCCAGUGUCAGUGUGAGAGAACUGGGGUCAGUGAGGAGGGCCAAGAGAAGGGAUGUCCAUAAAGCCCUCACGAGGAGGAUUUGUGGGACAGCGACUCCAGCUUGUCUCAUGGGGUUGGGGGAGGAGGAGAGGGGCAGCUCCCUGAUCCUGACCCCCCAGGCCUCCACCUCACUCUCUGAUCAAGACAAGAGAGCACUAGAGGACGUCUGCCAGAUCCUGACCGCCUGGGUGGAAAAGAUGCUGAACAGGACCUGCAACGACAAUUACAGGGCCAGUGUCAUCAUCCAGAAAGAGGAAGAAGAGGAGUUGGUCACGAGUGUCAUGACUGUCUUACACUCAGAGCCCUCCACCUCAACCAAGGCAGCACGGGCAGCUCCUGCACAGACCCUGGAGUUCAACCCCUGUCUGGAUGAAGAUGAGGUGGUCCCCAGCACCUCCAUGGGUGCGGGAUUCCUGACGACCACUCAGGCAGCAUGGGCAGCUCCUGCCCAGACCUUGGAAGAAGAGGUCGGGGGAGCUGAUGUCUCUGAGGUGAGUACCAGCUCCCUGACCCCCACUGAGGCCAGGCAGGGCCUCCUGGGGAAGAUUCCCUCUCUCCUUCCGGGUGAGAUCCUCAUCGAGGAGGACAUCUCCUUUCGCAGCACUCCCAGGGACACCGUCAUGAGCCCCCAGACCCUGAAGCUUAUCCUCCAGGGCAUCAUGCGCCGACUGGAGGCCUCAGAGUUCCCCCAGGCCAUGAUGGCCAACGACCCCUUCAGGCUGAUGAAGAAUCUCUUUGUGGAGGUCCAGCAUGCCCUGAAGUAUGCUGACAUCUCUGUCCUCUUCAGCCUGGAGGAGAGCAUCCAAUUUAGGGGGAAGAUGCAAUGA